UGGACCAAGAGAAGGCGCCGGUGCACUCGUAUUCAUUUGUUAAUCGUCUCAGACUCUCAAGUGCACAAUUCCUACGCGCGCGUACACUCUCUCCGGUGGUCACAGAUCUGCGGAGGAAAGCGAAAUACAGAACUGAAACUGAGACCCAAAAAGAAUUACUAUGGAGUACAGAAAACCCAAACAUCAGGAAGAAGAUGAGGAAGCUGCUGUUGGAGGAGACGCCGUAGAGAGCUUACGCGGGAAAGCUCAUUCAUUGAAUACUGUGGCCACGUUGGGAGGGGGGACGGCCGUUGACCCGUCCAAGUGGAAGCGCAAGUCCAUUGUUACACUUGCAUUGACUGUUCUUACGAGUUCGCAAGCGAUACUUAUUGUAUGGUCUAAGCGGGCUGGCAAGUAUGAAUAUAGUGUUACCACUGCAAAUUUUAUGGUGGAGACUUUAAAAUGCGCAUUAUCGGUUGCAGCAUUGUCCAGAAUCUGGAGAAAUGAAGGUGUUACUGAAGAUAAUAGGUUGAGCACAACAUUGGAUGAAGUUAUUGUGUACCCCAUUCCUGCAGCACUUUAUCUAGUCAAAAACUUGCUUCAGUAUUACAUCUUUGCAUAUGUUGAUGCCCCGGGUUAUCAGAUACUGAAGAACCUGAAUAUUAUCAGUACCGGUGUUCUGUACAGAAUUAUACUUAAGAAGAAGUUAAGCGAGAUUCAAUGGGCGGCUUUCAUUCUACUAUGUGCUGGGUGCACCACAGCUCAGCUAAACUCAAACUCUGAUCAUGUCCUUCAAACUCCUUUUCAAGGAUGGAUGAUGGCCAUUGUCAUGGCACUCUUGAGUGGUUUUGCAGGAGUAUAUACCGAAGCUAUAAUUAAAAAGCGUCCUUCCAGAAACAUAAACGUGCAGAACUUUUGGUUGUAUGUAUUUGGGAUGGUCUUCAAUGUAAUUGCUAUCGUAGUCCAAGAUUUUGAUGCGGUGAUGAACAAGGGAUUCUUCCACGGAUACUCUAUUAUUACAGUUCUCAUGAUUCUCAACCAUGCACUUAGUGGCAUUGCUGUAUCUAUGGUAAUGAAGUAUGCUGAUAAUAUUGUGAAGGUCUAUUCUACCUCUGUGGCAAUGCUUCUCACAGCUGUUGUCUCUGUCUUUUUGUUUGGGUUUAACCUUUCCCUUGCCUUCUUCCUUGGCUCAAUUGUCGUAUCUGUUUCAGUUUAUUUACAUUCUGCUGGGAAGCUGCGAUAGCCUCUAUACCAUCAUCUCUACGCAAAUUUUCUGUCAUUGUAAAGGUUCACAUCGUCUGUUUUUUUUUUUUUUCUCAUUUUUCUUUUUGGACAUAUUAUAAUGAAAUUGACGAUAUGUAUACCUUACUGUUCCAAUCAAUUCAAAAUUAGCAAUAAGUUUCCACUGUU